UCCUGCCCUGCGGUGACGUCACGGUUGCCUUGGCGAGGCCUGCUCGGUGGAGACCCGGCUGCUGCCAGCUUUGAAGCCCUGUCCGCCGCCACCAUGAGCGGACGGAGUAGGGGUCGAAAGUCUUCCCGCACCAAAGGCCGGGGCAAAGGUCGGGCCAGAGCCCGGGUCCGCGCCGCUGCAGAUGAUGCCUGGCGCGACGAGAAGCCGCCAGAGAGCCCGCCGCCGGAGGAGGAGGAGGACGACGAGGCCGCGGACGCGCAGGCCGGGGCUGCUCGGGGAGGCGCGCAACCAGCCGAUCCCAGGGAAGACCCCCGCGUCCCGCUGGACUGCGGCCUGGCCCUGCGGGCAAGGGCUGCGAGCGAUAGCGGGCUGGCGGCCACUGACCCGGGCCUGGAGAGGGCCACAUCCCUCGCCGAGCGCCUGACCAGCGACGCCAGUUUUGUGGGAACCGUGGGAGCCUUGGCGAGGCUGCGACACAGCUGCCGCCUUGGAAAUCGGCGAGUUCCCCGGAGAAGGGCCCUAGAAACUCGGUGCGCGGCGGGGAGGGGACCUCAGGCCACAGUCAGUGGGAAGCCAAAGAUGAGCUCUGCGGGGCCUUGUAUCGCUGUCCCAGCGGGGGAGGAAAAGAAGGUGGCAGAGAAGCAUGCUGGGGCAGGGUCCACCAUGAUGAUAGGGAGCAUGGAUACCCUGGAGACUGUCCAGCUAAAGCUGGAGACCAUGAAUGCGCAGGCUGACAGGGCCUAUCUCAGGCUUACCCGCAAGUUUGGCCAGUUGCGACUUCACCACUUAGAACGCAGGAACCUCCUCAUCCAGAGCAUCCCCGGCUUCUGGGGGAAAGCUUUUCAGAACCACCCCGUGCUGUCAUCUUUUCUGAGCACCAGAGAUAAGGAUGUGCUGAGCUACAUGAACAGACUGGAGGUGGAAGAGCUUGGCCUCGCCAGAUUGGGCUACAAAAUCAAGUUCUACUUUAGCCCAAACCCCUAUUUCCAAAACAAGGUGCUUGUCAAGGAGUAUGGGUGUGGGCCAUCUGGUCACGUGGUGUCUCGCUCAGCCCCCAUCCAGUGGCUCCCAGGGCAUGAUCUACAGUCACUAAGCAAGGAAAACCCGGGAAGCAAUGGGAGCUUCUUUGGGUGGUUUUCCAACCACAGCUCUAUUGAGUCUGACAAGAUUGUUGAGAUAAUCAAUGAGGACCUGUGGCCCAAUCCUCUACAGUAUUACCUGAUCACUGAAGAAGCCCGUGGAGAGAAAGGAAAAGAAGAAAGGCCAGGUCCAGCAAAGCGGCGAGCGGAGGCCCCUGGGCCUGGAGUGAGACAGCCCAACUGAUCCUCCACUACCUCCUGCUGGACUCGUUAGGCUGGCCACGUGGGUUUUGUUGUCUGCCUUCUGUUCAUGCUGUCUUAUGUACACUUUGGACUUACGUUCAAGAAUGUGACAUUUGUGAACAUGUUCCUUGCUUCCCCGUGGCCUUGUCGCAACAGUAUCCCAUGUGUGAUUCCUCUCACUGCUUGUAUAUUAAGCACUUAAAAUGUAUGCAGCUUUUCUCUACACUCGCCGGUCCCUGUCCUUACCUUCCCACCUGUCAUUGAUGUGGACAUUCAGAGUCGUCGUCCGGAUGGAUACUCGAGCUAUGCUGCUUCGUGGCCAGUCAGAUGGGCUUUGUGGCCAUUUCAGCUGUGCAUGUUAUCGACGGCAAGGUUUUCUAUUGCCAUCACAAAAUGAAGCCAGUGCACGUGGCGCUGGCCAUCAGCCAAACGUUAUUGUUCUGUGUGUCUGGAGGCACCAACCGAGGUUCUUCCUAUCUUAUUUCCAGCUUCUGCCUAGGGUCCAGCAAACUACUGGGUGUCUCGUCUUGCCUCUGGGCCAGACUACAGGUGAACCUUCAUCGAAGUCUGGAUGUGCUUGGUUGCAGUCAGCCCACUGACUUUCGGCUGGGUCAGUGCUGUUGGCGCCAACAUGUUUAUCAAGGACUUCAAGAACUGCCAAUGUACCCAGGAACCCUCCCAGGGCAUGAGCUACAAACCCACCUUCCCCAGACUUUAGGAACCCUACAGAUUGCCAGGCUGGUGGGCAUCGUGGUAUUUAUGAACAUAUGCUUGCGACUAUCAUGUUGUGAGUCCUGUGAAGGCUACAGCUUUAUCAACUAGGUGUCUGUGUCAACUUUCCUUAUUCCUUGCUAAAAUGGGAAAAGAGUACUUUAGUGGUAUGCUGAGGAAGAGAGAUUUUUCAUUUGUAUGCCUGUGUUUACUUCACAUCUCCAUGCUACUUAGUCUGUUUCCUGUCACCCUACUCCUGACCUUCCUACUCUCCUCCUUGUGACUCUUCCUUUUAAAAUAGCAUCACAGCUCAGACAAGGAAAACCAUCAACUAGGCUUUUCUGUAUACAGCUAGGGAGGCAGAUAGGGGCUUCCUUUGCAGUCAUAUAGUAGGCUGAGAUAGGAUUAAAAAAAAAAAAAAAAAAAAAAAACAAAAAACAACUCAGGAGGCCUCAAGAGGGUCUAUGGUCAGACUUAGGUCCUGAAUCCUGAGUUCAUUCUGUAGUUCUAAAGUUGUAUGCAUCUGCUGGAAUUAGGAACCCUAAGGCAGGAGAGUCGUGGACUCUUGUUUUGUCUUCUGUGUGUUCCUUUUUAAGACCCAGGGGCUUCUUUUUGUCUCUUUUGGUAUCCUGUGUCACUGGGAUCCUCAACCCCCAGCUUCCCCAUUCAGCAGUUCUUUGCUGUCUUUGCUUCUUAGCCCAAAUAUAGUCCCAAUAGGGGAAUCCCAAGGUGUUUCCAGGGACAGGUACACUACAGACAGAACCUGAUAGAGCUAUUCCUGGUGUGUGUGCAGGCUGAGCCUUUCUGCCCUGGCUUGCUUGUCCUGACUUAUCUUCUGUGAUAAGUAGAGCUCUCUAAGCCAGUUCUUCCCCAAACCCCCUUUCUGCUAUAGAAGAAGGCUGUAUUCUAACCUCUGUGAGGGGGUCCUUGACUCAGUGGUAAGGAGAUAAUAGCAGGGAAAACAGGGCAAGAUAGGUAUGAAUCUGUUGUUGAGUGGGUCAGUGAAAACUUGAUAGAAAUGGCUUGUGAAGCUGCAGAGAUAGUGGCCUAUCUCUCAGUGAUGAAGUUAACAGAGGACACCUUCCUCAGAGUUGAGAAGGGAGAAUUAAAGUGGCUGUUGGUAAACAGGAUGCCUGGGCAAGGAUGGAUCCAGAGUUCUGGACAGUGUUUAUCUUCAUUAGUGGAUUUUUCUUUCUGUAAUCAUAGAAACAAACCCAAAGCAACGUUACUAUGUUGGAUAGAAGGUGUAACCUUGUGUGUGUGUGUGUGUGUGUGUAAAAUUAUGCUAAAUGCUGUGUAUUUGGCUCUAAGUAAAAUGUUAACAAUUUAUAUAUUUUUGCCUAAUGAAGAAAACAGAUAUGUACAUGUUUGCUUUUUCUAAAAUAUAAUUUGGUCUUUAUUAUGUAAAGUUCCAAAAGCAGGGGUGGAGACGAUGGUCUCUGGACCCUGUGUGCCUCCUACCUUGAAGCAUCCAUCAUCAGCUAUGAGCAACGUAAUUUCAUCUAUAGCUCCUCUUCUGCCUUCAUGUUUAUUGAAAGUCCAAGGUACUAUGCCAGUGUAGCCAGAUCUACUUUCAGAGACUGAGGCUUUGGCACUGAUACUCUCAUGAUCACAGCAAGUCCACUUCUGUCAGUUUUGUGUAAAAAAAAAUUAAUGUUUUUUGCAGAAGUGAGCCUCGUAAAUGAGUCUUCACGGCUAGUGAAACUCCAAGAGUGAUGAUGAGGAUAUUCCACUCUUGCUCGCAUCUACAAAAGAACAGAGCAUUGUGUUGUAAAUCUAAGACCCUGACAUAAGGCCCUUGAGACCCUUCACACUAUUAGGCUUUUCUCCUGCAUAACAUAGAGACUUCUAUGGACCGCUAGGGUUGCUGUGUUCUGUGAAAAUAAUCAAUCCAAUAUAAUCUUUCAUUGGUUGUUGUAGUUGAUAAUUUGAUACCCUGGUAAUAAUGCGAUUAUUCCCUGUUCCUAAGUGGCAUAAAUACUUGCAAGUGUGCAUGUGUGGUGGAAAAAAUAAUAAUAAAAAUUAUUGUCUCACUGCUUUAUUUCA